AUGUCCUGCAACCAGGGGUUGAGAGCCUAUAAAGAUGGUGACGUAAUGUUAGGGGGCCUAAUCAGUCUCCACAUGAGUGGCGAAUUUUCCGCUAAAGAAUUUGGACUUGCUGACGCUGUCAUCUUUGCUAUUGAUAUGGUAAACAAGAAUUCAAGUCUUUUGGCAAACGUGUCCCUCGGUUAUGACAUAAGAAACUACUGUGACAGUCGGGUACUGGGCAUGCAAGAAGCCUUUGACUUCAAGCGUAAUAGCGGUCCAGUUUUUAUGUGUAAAUCGAACUCCUCCAUGUCUACAGAGAGCAGUUCAGUAAGAGGGUGGGUUCAUGCCCAUCUCAGCGCUUAUCGGUACUUAUGAUUCCGCCGGUACCAUCCUGAUAGCAAGCCUACUUCAGGUCGCUGGUUUCUUCUGAUACGUGGAUAGCAAAGGCCAUGACAGACUUCAUAGAGCGCUUUAACUGGACAUACGUGGCAGUUAUUGGUUUGGAUAAUUCUUAUGGAAGGAAUGGAAUUUUAGCGCUGGAAAGAGAAUAG